UUCAUCUCCCCAAGUAGAAGAAGAACUUGAACAGCAGUUGUUGAAAUGCUACUGAAAAUUCCGAAUUGGAGCUGAAUUUCACUUCUCAGAUCUGACACUUCCAGCUCUGAUCAUUAACUCCAAUGCCUUCUGGGUAGAAGAAAACUUAUAUAUCUAGUUCUCAUUUAUCAGCGAAAAGGGGGUAAAUAAUUGGGUCUAAAACUUUGCAUAUGAGCGCAAAAAAUGGCAAAGUCUAGGCAACACUAUUCAGAAGAAGACGAACUGUCAUCCUCGCCCACUUCUUUGAGGGCAAGGGAAUCGGAAGGUCCAUCGAGGUGGACAGAGUACUUGGGUCAAGAUGUGGCCUUUAAAGCUUCUAGAGGGAACUCAAAUGGGGUGCCUGAAGGAUCGGUUCAGGGGUCGAUUGGAUUGAGUGCAAAGGGAUUGAACUUGCGGUGGGUUUACCAGCUCACUCAAGUUGCUGAAGGUUUGAUGGCCAAGAUGUAUAGGUUGAAUCAGAUUUUGGAUUACCCUGAUGUUGUUAGUCAUGCAUAUUCAGAAGCAUUUUGGAAGUCAGGCGUGUUCCCUAACCAUCCGAAGAUUUGUGUGUUGGUCGCCAAGAAGUUUCCUGAGCACCACAGCCGACUACAGCUUGAGCGAGUUGAUAAGGCUGCUUUGGAUGCUAUGAAUGAUGGAGCUGAAGUUCAUUUACAAAGUUUGGAACCAUGGAUUCAGCUGCUUCAUGACCUGAUGGGAUUUCGAGAACAAGCUUUACGGCUCAUAUUGGAUCUCAGUAGUACAGUGAUUACCCUAUUGCCCCAUCAGAACUUUCUUAUAUUGCACGCAUUCAUGGACCUAUUUUGUUCAUUUGUUCGUGUCAAUCUCUUGUCUGAGAAGAUACCAAGAAAAAUGAUGCUGCAAACUUAUAAUCUUUUGCAUGCAAUGUCAAGAAAUGACCGAGACUGUGAUUUUUAUCAUCGGUUGCUUCAAUUUGUAGACUCUUAUGAUCCACCAUUGAAGGGGUUACAUGAAGACCUGAAUUUUGUGAGCCCUCGAAUUGGAGAGGUUCUAGAGGCCAUUGGUCCCAUAAUAUUUUUAUCUAUGGAUACAAGGAAGCUGAGGAAUGAGGGUUUUCUCAGUCCAUUUCACCCUCGAUAUCCUGACAUACUCACCAACUCUGCACAUCCCAUGAGGGCUCAAGACUUGGCAAAUGUUACUGCUUAUCGAGAAUGGGUUCUGUUUGGUUAUCUUGUUUGUCCUGAUGAGCUUCUCCGAGUAACCAGCAUAGACAUUGCGCUGGUUGUGCUGAAGGAAAACCUGGUUCUUACUUUAUUUAGGGAUGAGUACAUAUUGUUGCAUGAGGAUUAUCAGUUGUAUGUUUUACCACGGAUAUUGGAAUCCAAGAAGAUGGCUAAGUCUGGACGGACGAGACAGAAAGAGGCAGAUCUGGAGUAUAGUGUUGCAAAGCAGGUUGAGAAAAUGAUAAGUGAGGUACACGAGCAAGCGAUAUUUUCCUGUGAUGUAAUACACCAUGAGCGAAGAAUACUAUUGAAGCAAGAGAUUGGAAGAAUGGUUCUUUUUUUCACAGAUCAACCAAGCUUGUUAGCUCCUAAUAUUCAGAUGGUAUUCUCUGCAUUGGCCUUCGCUCAAAGUGAGGUGUUAUGGUAUUUCCAACAUGUUGGAGUAGCAUCACCAAGAUCAAAAGCUGGUCGAAUGGUGCCAGUAGAAAUUGAUCCAAAUGAUCCAACUAUUGGGUUCUUAUUAGAUGGAAUGGACCGCCUUUGUUGUCUAGUUCGCAAAUAUAUUGCAGCUAUUAGAGGCUAUGCCUUGUCAUUCCUGUCAUCAGGUGCUGGUAGAAUUCGUUUUCUUCUGGGAACACCUGGAAUGGUAGCACUUGACCUCGAUGCAACCUUGAAAGGACUCUUCCAGAAGAUUGUUCAGCACCUUGAAAACAUACCGAAGCCACAGGGUGAAAAUAUAUCUGCCAUCACUUGUGAUUUAUCUGAAUUGCGGAAGGAUUGGUUAUCAAUAUUGAUGAUUGUUACUUCUGCUCGGUCAUCUAUUAACAUUAGACAUUUGGAAAAAGCUACUGUAUCCACUGGAAAGGAGGGAUUACUGUCAGAAGGAAAUGCUGCUUAUAAUUGGUCUAGAUGUGUUGAUGAACUUGAAUCUCAGUUGUCAAAACAUGGGAGUCUGAAGAAACUAUAUUUUUAUCACCAGCACCUAACAACGGUUUUCCGGAACACCAUGUUUGGGCCCGAGGGGCGUCCACAACAUUGCUGCGCAUGGCUUGGUGUUGCCAGCAGCUUCCCAGAAUGUGCUUCUCCAAUUGUUUCUGAAGAGGUAACAAAAAUUGGUCGUGAUGCAGUUCUGUAUGUUGAAUCCCUUAUUGAAUCCAUCAUGGGAGGACUAGAGGGGUUAAUCAACAUUCUUGACUCUGAAGGAGGAUUUGGCUCUCUAGAAAUGCAGCUUCUUCCAGAGCAGGCAGCAAAUCUCAUGAAUUUGACAUCCAGACUUUCCAGUCAAUCAUUUAAGUCUCCAAAACCUGUUUCUGGUUUUCAUUUUCCUGGCUUUGAGAGCUACCCUGCCAACAGUGAAUCUAUAAAAAUGCUAGAAGCAGCAAUGCAGAGGUUAACAAAUCUUUGCUCAGUCUUAAAUGACAUGGAGCCUAUCUGUGUUCUAAACCAUGUUUUUGUUCUGAGGGAGUACAUGCGAGAGUGCAUCCUUGGGAACUUCAAAAGAAGAUUAUUUGCUGUGCUGAAAACUGACAAUGAUCUUCAACGGCCUUCUGUUCUAGAAUCACUUAUCCACCGACAUACAGCUAUAAUCCAUUUGGCAGAGCAACAUGUUAGCAUGGACCUUACACUUGGAAUUCGAGAAAUUAUACUUUCUGAAACCUUUUCUGGCCCAGUUUCCUCCUUGCACUUGUUUGAAAAGCCUGCAGAGCAGCAUACUGGAUCUGCUGUUGAAUCUGUGUGUAACUGGUACAUAGAAAAUAUUGUCAAGGAUGUAUCUGGUGCUGGUAUCCUAUUUGCACCAUUGCAUGGGUGCUUCAAAAGCACAAGGCCUGUUGGGGGAUAUUUUGCUGAGUCAGUUACUGAUCUUAGGGAAUUGAAAGCGUUCAUUCGUAUUUUUGGUGGCUAUGGAGUUGACCGACUGGAUCAAAUGAUAAAAGAGCAUACAGCUGCCCUUCUAAAUUGUAUUGACACAUCAUUGCGAGCAAACCGUGAGAAUCUGGAGGCAGUUGCUGGAAGCAUGCAUUCUGGAGACAGGAUGGAGAGAGAAGCAAAUAUUAAGCAAAUUGACAUGGACACCAUGAUUGGGUUCUGUAUCCAAGCUGGGCAAGCAAUCGCGUUUGAUGGCCUUUUGGCAGAAGCUUCUGGUGCCGUGCUUGAAGAAGGUGCACCAUUGAUACAUUCAUUACUAGCUGGAGUUUCUAAGCAUUUACCUGAUGAUAUACCUGAGAAGAAGGAGAUCAGAAGGAUGAGAAGAGUGGCAAACUCCAUUAAUGUAUUCCCUGACCAUGACUCCGAGUGGAUCAGAUCCAUACUUGAAGAGGUUGGGGGUGCAAGUGAUGGUUCAUGGAAUUUGUUGCCAUACUUAUUUGCCACAUUUAUGACAUCUAAUAUCUGGAACACUACUGCUUUCAAUGUUGAUACUGGAGGCUUCAACAAUAAUAUGCACUGCUUGGCAAGGUGUAUCUGUGCAGUAAUAGCAGGAAGUGAAUUUGUGAGACUUGAGAGGGAAUAUCAACAGAAGCAGUCUUUUUCCAAUGGCCAUGUUGACCAGACACUGAAUUCUGAGAAUCAAAAUCGGUUAUCAGCAGAGACUAAUAUAAAGACCACAAUGCAGCUCUUUGUGAAAUUUUCUGCUGGAAUAGUUCUUGACUCUUGGAUGGAAAACAAUAGAUCUGAUCUCGUUGCAAAGCUGAUCUUCCUGGACCAAUUUUGUGAAAUGGCAACAUACCUGCCAAGAAGCUCACUGGAAUCCCACAUCCCGUAUGCCAUUCUUCGUUCAAUCUACAGCCAGUACUAUGCAAAUUCUCCUUCUAUACCGCUGGCAUUACUAAGUGUAUCUCCCCGCCAUUCUCCUGCUACAUUAGCACAUGCAUCUCCUGUGGUGAGGCCACGUGGUGAUUCAACUCCUCAGUCCAGUGUUCAUGAUUCAGGGUAUUAUAAGGCAUCCACAACCCCUAGUCGUGAUCAACACUAUGAUACUGGCAAUACAAGUGUAAGAAGCGUGGAUAAGCCACAUCGGAAUGUUCGGCGCUCUGGGCCAUUGGAUUAUAGUUCUAGUCGCAAAGUGAAAUAUGUUGAAGGGUCGACCUCAGGGAGCACAGGUCCUAGUCCAUUGCCAAGGUUUGCUGUGUCAAGGUCUGGUCCCAUGUCUUACAAAUAGAAACAUGAACCUGAUCAUAGGAAGUUUUGUAUAUCUGCUGCUGUUAGUUGGCACUUGUUUCAGGGCGUAAGAGUUACUCAUGUAGCUUACACCAAUUUUGGGAAUGCUUAUAUAUGUAGUUGAGAUUCUUUCCUCUAUGAAUCAAUUUCUUGUAAGCUUUGCAUAAUUGCUUCAGUUUCCUAGAUAAAAUACUUGUUUCCUCAUGUAAAAAUGAAAGCAAGUUACUUUUCUUCUCAGGGGCAUGUAUGCUGUCAUAAAUAGGGAUGGCAAUGGAUAGAGUAAAACUUGAUACUCACAAUAUCCAAUCCGAUGAUUAAUCCGAUUAUAUGAUUGAUGGGUUAAUCGGAGACAGAAUGUACAA